AUGUACAGAAAUAUUGUUACAGAGGACUCGACGACCAACGAGGAGGGCUCAGCGGGCGGCUCCCCCCGGCCCCGCAGCCCGCCGCGCGCACCCACGCCCCCAUCGCCGUCGCGCUCCCGCGCUGGGCUGGCCGCAAGCCUGCACCUCACGGAAACGCAAGUGAAGAUCUGGUUCCAGAACAGACGUAACAAGUGGAAGCGGCAGCUGGCGGCGGAGCUAGGCGGCCAAUAUGCGCACGCGGCGCAGCGACUGGUGCGCGUGCCGAUCCUGUACCACGAGUCGCGGCCGACGUCGAUGCCGCACACGCCGCUGCCGAUCCACCAGUUCUCGAACGAGCCGGGCGUAUACUUCGGUGCGCAGGCGCCGUAGCAGCUACAGCCGCUGCCCGCGUCGUUGGUGACGUCGCGCGCGCCGCUCGAGCCUAGUGUAGUGUUCGCUGGAGCCCGCCCGCAGGACUGA